AACUUUUGAAAGAUGUUCUUGUAAAUGAAAAAGUAAUACUUUAUUAGUUACUUUAAAUAAAGGGUAAUCUGAUUACGUAACUCACAUUACUUGUAAUGUACCCCAACACUGUUAUGUAUUCUAUUUAGUCAGAAAGUGAAGAAACGGUUGGUCUGAUUAGUUGACGUAGAAGUGUGUCACAAGUCUAUUAAUCCCUGCAAACAAAGAGUUCAGUUUUCCUGCAGAUUGUGUAACUCUGAGCGGUGAAGGAGCUGGAGGUCUGCUUUGAUUCUGAGAGGCUGGAGACGGCUAGUUUUGAUUCUACUCUGGAAGGGAGGUUUAUCUUGAGGUUGGUCGCUGCUUCGCUGAAGUUUAGGAAGUGGAGCUAGUUAAAAAGCGAGAGAUUCCCCGUCUCGUCCGGUGUUUCCGCUGUUGGGUAUUGGUGGGCUCUUCCUGUCUCAGGAUGCUGGGCUGCUCUGAUGUUCCUGUGAGGAGCGUUCUGGCUCUCAUGUGUUUACACGCCGAGGAGCUCGCUGGAGCUCGACGCGGUCAGCUGCUGAUUCCUGCCCUCCGCGGGAACAAGAACCAGAGCAGAAUGCCAUGGGGAAGAAACACGGGUCAGUCGAGGCUGCUGGGAAAAACCACGGGACACGCUCCUGUCAGGGCCUGCAGCCUCACCGCGAUGAAUGUUGAGUCCUGGGCGGACUCACCUGACCUCCCGACCCCGCAGCAGCCCGACAGGUUGUGUCUGGAGUCCUUCUGGAGUGAAGUGGAGACCAUACGGAGCGACUCGGAGCCCGACAGCAGCAGACGAGAUUCCAGACAGUCCGAAGACGGCGAGCAGGAGGAGCUCUGGCUGCAGGAUGCUGGUUUGUCUCCGCUGGUAACAGGUGAAGAAGAAGACGUGGAUAAAGCCGUUCUUUUGUCGACUCUCACUAAGACUCAAGCGGCUGCGGUUCAAAGACGCAUCGACUCGUACACCUGCUCGCUGCGCAAGAGGAACAAAACACCACCGCGACACGUCAGAGACGUCUUCGCUUCCCCCAUAGCUCAGUCAGCAGUUCCCGAGACACACAACAGCGAAACUGACACACACAGAAAAAUGGAGAGUGUGACAAAGACACAACGAUCAGCUGUCAGUGGUCAGGAGACUCAAGGGCUGCAGAUGGACGAGAUCUUUAUCACAGAUGUGGCGUAUUGUGAACAAGCGGCCAUCUUACUGAAACAAGCCAAACUACCACAGAACAACAGCAGCCAGUGCAGGAGAGACGACGGAGCACUGCCGCGGGUCAUCUGCCCUCAGUGCCGGCUGGGAGUGACGCGGGUGCUGGAUCUCUCUCAUCAGGACAUGAAGAAGGUUCGUCAGCUGGCUCUGAUUGACAUGACGGCGCUCUGUGACCUCCUGGGGCUCGAGGUCAAACGACACAAAACCUGCAAACGGAAAAUCCCUGAGAGCUGUUUGUUCGGCGUUCCUCUCACCUCAUUGGUGGAGAGCGAUCAGAAGAUCAAACCCAACGCUCAGAUCCCACUCCUCCUCCAAACACUUCUGUCGUUUCUGGAGAAGAAGGGUCUUGAUUCUGAAGGGAUUCUGCGGGUUCCAGGAUCUCAGGCCAGAAUAAAAGUGCUUCAGCAGAAGCUGGAGAACUCGUUUUACAGCGGUUCGUUCAGCUGGGACGAGGUCAGUCCUAACGACGCCGCCGCUCUCCUCAAGAAGUUCAUCCGUGAACUCCCAGCACCGCUGCUGACCGCGGAGCACCUCAACACCUUCAGCGCCGUCAGAGAUAUUGCAGACCUGAAGCAGAAGCUGCACAUGUUGAAUCUUCUUGUACUGCUGCUGCCAGAACCCAACAGAAACACACUGAAGGCGCUGCUGGAGUUCCUGAGUAAGGUGGUCUUGAGCGAGCGGCGGAACCGAAUGAACCUGUGGGCCGUCUCCACCAUCAUGGCUCCGAACCUCUUCCUGCACAAGGCCGUUCCCAGUAAACUAGCCGUGGACGGUCCGGAGAAGGGUCAGGCGGAGCGGGCGGCUGAUAUCAUGAGGCUCCUCAUCCGUUACCAGGACCUGCUGUGGACGGUUCCCAACUUCCUGUUGAGUCAGGUGAGGAAGCUGAACGAGAACAGCAGCCGUCGCUACCAGUUCUACGACAAACGCAUCAAGCACCUGCUCAGGAAGAUCCACACGGACAGCAGAGACAAACCGGACAAGAACUCCGGAGAGCAGUGUCGUCCUGUAAAGAUCCAGCUGGCUGAUGUGAGUUUCUCGAUGGAGUUUCGUCUCACUAUUAAUUCUCGUGCUUCAGACCUGAUGUCCCAGUUUUAUAAAGAAUUACACUCCUCUGACAACAGCAGGGGACUCCUGAAACGAAAUGGUUCAACAACCUACCCAGACUGUGCCAUCUAUGAAGUGGGUGGGAAUAUUGGUGAACACUGUUUGGAUCCAGAGACUCAUUUGUUUGAUCUCUACAACAACAACCCUGGCGGCGAGUGGAUCAUCAAACUGAGAUCUUCCAGCAGAGGGCAGUAGAGACACACCUGAGCUCCACGGGAGACCUUUGACCCCUGAGGAGAAGCUGGACUUCUGCAUGGUGUUUGGACUCUUGGUGUUGUGUUGUGCUGCUGGAGAUUGUUGGGUUAUUUAUUAUGUCUGUGGAUGUGAUGAUGGAUGAAUGUCUGAGGUGUUGUGCUGUACAGAUCUGGUGCCUCGCAGUAUUAAACACACACACACACACACACACACACACACUCUUACGUCGCUUGAUCCAAAUUAUUACCUUCAGUACUACUCUUAAAUGUAAAUGUACUAUAUUGAAGCACUUCGAGCCUUCUGACAUCAGUCUGUCUCUCUCAUAGAGUGUAUCUCUUUAAGGCACAUUCAUAAUAUUGUGCAUCUCACACACACACACACACACACACUCAUUUGUCAUUUCUGUGGCUCAUAUAGUCGUGUCAAGUGUUAGUGAGAUCAUGCUGUGUAAUAGUGUAUAACAUCCAUCACACACUGUCAGCCUCACACACACACACACACACACACACACACACCAGCUCUGAGAACAUUAUGUUUUCAGAUAGUUUUGCUAAUGUUCAUCUGACAGAGCCGUAAUGAAGACGACGUGAAACUCACACACACUUCAGGAAAAACGCUAGUCUGAUGAGGAAUUUUUGUUCUGAACAAAACAUCUACGAAUGAGUUCUGUAUUUCCUUGAGAUGCAGACCUCUAGACAGGGAGAAGCUCCAGAACAUUACACUGAUGGUGCUCUCAAACAUUUAGCUCUAUGAAUGCUCAAGACAUGUAUUUUUUCUUGGUCAUGUGAAUGCUAUGGGAAGAUUCCAUUGGAUCAUUUUAGGAAGGUUACGUUCCGAAACAGCUUACAUUUAAAAAACGUUACUUGUACGUCCAGCUAAAAUGUUCCAUGAACAAUGUACUGUAUAUACUGUUUUUGUAAGAGCACACGACUUUGAAUGUUCUAUCAACUUUACAGACGAGAACCUUGCCUGAAUGUUCUGAGAUCAGCUGACCCGUGUGAAGAAGACUCUUUCGGGGAGGUUUUCCUGCUGAUGAACAUGCUUUAUUUAUCGGUUCUCAUUCUGCUUAUCAAUUUCGAUCGCACUGCGCUUGAAAAUAUAGAAUGAAAAUGGAGUUUCUGAAUGGACUGACUCUAUGACUCGUUUGAUUACUGAUCGAUCAGUGUUUUUGAAUCGAUCUUGAACGAAUGAUUCAAAUACAUUUACAAUACAAUACAAAAAAAGAUGCACACAGGAACUGAUAGGCAGAACUGAAUUCUUUUUAUUUUACGACAAGCAUCCGAUUCCUGACCUGAAGUAUGUGAUUGUGAAAGUGAUGUCUAUUAUAUAUAAUGUGUGGGUCAAAGUUAGAGCAGGCCAAGAAUCAGUAAAGAUCAUGUUCAUGAAGAUAUUUUACUAAUAAGCAUGAUCUUCGUUUGGACGAUUUUCUCAAUAUUUGGACUUUUUCUCAGACAGAUCCUGUCCGAUCAGUGCAGAGCCGCUCCUCGUCUGAUCUGAUCUGAUCUGGACCGAGAGCUGUGUGUCACAGUUGGUUGGUCAGGGACAAAGACUGAAGAAGGAUGUUCUGUCAGCAGUAAUAAUCAGAUGUAGGUCAGCGCUGACGCCCGCGGCCAACACAUGCGCCACUUCCCACAAACACACACAUGUUCAUCUACACACACACACACACACACACUCUCUCUUUGUGGAUUUUACUGUUUGUCAGUCGUAUGAAUAAAUGAAUGACUUGAGCAGUGUUUUAGCAUUCUUUGAAUGGAUGAUGUUUUAAUAAUCUGUGUUUUUUACUGCACUGCUAAAACGAACUUCCUCCUCACGAUUUGUGUCUUGUUUUCCAGUACGGCUGAAGGUUUAUUUGCAUAUCUUCUUGUUUAAUUGCGAACUCACUUUAUUUCGAUGGGAUGCUUGGUGUCGUUCCGUCUCUGAGAAGGUGUAGAUGAUGGUUCUGGAGCAGAAGACGGGAGUAGAGAGGAGGAAGGUCACGUUUGCAGCGAGCAGCUCCUGUAAUGUGAAGGAUAUUGCAUUAAACACUUGUGAAUGUGACGAUGGCUUUUGUAAACAGGUUUGUAUUCAUGAUGAAAUAAAUGACUUUGAAUGAUCUGAA